UGGCCGCCGUGUUUUGUUGUUCAACGGGUACAAUCGACUUGAAAGUUGACAGGCUCUAAAUAACAGCUUGUUUACCUGUUGGAAUUGCUAUGCUUUAUUGAUUAACUCGUUGCGCUUCGAAAUGGGAGCAUCUGAAUAUCUUGUGUAACAUUUUUAGCCUGGAGUUGAAUACUGUGAAAGGAAUUCUACGGGAAAGAUUUGUCUCAAGUGCCUGAUCUGGAAAGCUAAGACUUAGCGAGCUAUAUUUCCGAUAAUGACCUGUUAUUUUCCAGUGGAACAUUCUAUCAAACGGCCAUUUCAGCAGCUCCGUAACGAUCCGUGACUGAAGAGUUGCAACUAGACACUCUUCAUACCAUAUCUACACAUGAGAAUGGUUGUCAUUGGAGACCGCUGAAUCGUUGAAUUUUGUUGCAUUGGCUGUGUUGGGACAAAAUAUAUUGUUACAUUUGUACAUAAAAGGUAGUACAGAGCAACCAAGGCCCAUUUACCGAUAUGGAAGUAGUUGAUUUAGAAAAAAAGUCCCUUGAAGACACAAUGGAGGAACAUGGAUUUUAUGAGACAAAUGAUCAAACAGCUGAUGCUGAUACCAACGGCGAACUGACUCAAGAGGAUGUUGAUAAGUUUCAACAAAACCAUUGGCAGUUUUCUGAUGAAGGGCCAAUUGAAUAUGAGAGUGAUCCUUCAUCUGAUAUUGACAAGAAUUAUUUCAGUGAUCAGGAAUCUCUCACAGGAAGUAUGGAUGGUGGAAUGGAAGAGGAUGAGUACACAUCCGAUCCAAUCAUUCAACAAAGGAGGCAGGAGAAAUUGCAACGUUUGGCACUAAGGCGUCAUCUAGACCAACUGAGUGAACAAGUCCUGGAGAAAGACUAUCUUGUAUCACAGUUCAGAGAAGAGCUUAGUAAAUGUCAAGAACACAUGGAUCAACUGCAGAAAGACAAAGAAUUGGUCAGCAGUGAAAUAGAAGAAGCUCAGUCUCAAAACAACAUGGCUUCACUAUACAGACUGAAGGCUUAUCACUCCAAGCUGUGCGAUGAAAUAGAUGCUGAAAAAGAUGUGGGAAGAGAAAUUUCACACAGGCUUGAAGAGGCAGAAUUUGCUCUUGCACAAGCCACUGUUGAACAAGGAAAAUUCCUUCUUGCUGGUAAAGAACUCGAAAAAGAUGAGAAACUCAUAGAGAAACAAAAAGCUGAGUGGUCAGCUGUUCGUUUACGAAAGGAAAACAUAAGUGCAGCAGCUGCUGAGAGGUGUGCCUUUCUUUACAGAGUUCGUCAGAAAGAAGCAGAAGAAGAAGAGCGUUCUCGUGAAUACAUGGAGGACAGAAUGCAGGCCAUACUGAGCCUCAAAGGCAACAUUGAGACUAACAAGGAAAAUCUUCGGGCCCUACAGGCCCGGGAUUCUAAAUUGAGGCUUGAAAAAGAAGAGGAGGAACUGAAGGAGAGGCAGGAGAUCUUAGCACAGGGGUUGAACCCUGAUGAAGAGCUGACACGUAGAAAGAGGAUCAGGCAGUUUGAGAAGGAUAAGGAAGCAUACGAAAGGAGACAGAGAGAGCGGCAGGUUGAAAUUGUUGACAACAUACUGAAGGAAGAAAAACAGAUGAAAAAACGUUAUCAGCAACAGCCUCAACUGUGGCCCGAAAAGCAAAGAGAGAGGGUUAAGAGAAUAAGCAGAAGACGUCCGAAACCCAAGUUUUUCAAGUCUACAAGUGGAUCGUCUUCUGUAGAAUACAGUGCUGAUGUAGAGGACACUGGGGGUCAACACACACCAGGUAAACUUGGUGCGGUGUCUUCAGAAGAUGAUGAGGAUGAUUUCUCUCCUUAUGGCGAGACAAGUCGAGAUGAAGCCAAGGAAGGCCUGCUAACAGACAAGCCUGAAAUGAUGGAGAGAGCUCUCAUGAAGCAAAGAGCUGGAAUUGUUCAAAAACAGGUCGCAGCUGGAAGAGAAUUUAAGGGUUGUGCAUUUUACAGCAAACCUGAAGUCAUCGUGUUCAAGGACUUUGAUGUUGGGAAGUCUUACAAGAAGAAAAUCCUCUUAACAAAUAUCUCGUACACUCAGAACUUUUGUAAAUAUGUUGGAAUGUCGCACAUUCUGAAAGACUUCAUAGAAGUGUUUUUUGAUCCGCCUGGUGUCAUGUCUGCUGGUUUGACCUGUGAUUUUGUAGUGACAUUUAAGCCCAUGCUGAACGAAGAUUUGGUCGGUCACAUAGAUUUCCUUGCCCAAACAGGACCAUUUUCAGUUCCAAUUAGAUGUGUGACAAAGAAAUGCCAGAUCUCUGUUGAUGUGACUGAAGUCGAGUUUGGCAGUCAAGUUCUGGGAGAAACAAGGAAAAGAAUUAUCAAUGUGACAAAUAAUGGAGCAUUAGGAACACAGUUCAUAUUCAGAAAAAUAACAGGUUUGGCAAGAUCACUCUCAUCUUCAGAGCUUAGCUCAAUUGGCGGAAUGACCGUGACUGAUGAAAAUGUCGCUCAGCAAGAUUCCAACCAAAAUGGUCAACAACAAAAUCCUGAGGGGAUGGUAGAGGACGUGAAAGAACCUCAGGGGGCUGGGGUAACAGCAGCGCCUGGAGAUCCAGAUCAGCAAGAAGGGGAAGAUGUAAACAAGGCCUCAGCGGUCCGAUCUGGCAGUGCAAUUAAGUUCGAAGAGGGCUUGGGUACUACUGAGGAAGACGCUUCUGCUGCGGUAGAGGAGCCUGGGGAACAGCCAGAUGCCGAUCUUCCUUCAGCUGCGGUGCCCCAGACAGCUAUCUCGUCAGUUCCAACCGAGGUCUCCAUCCUAGAAGGUCUUAGAGUGGGAAAGGCAAGUACCCAUUAUUUAACACGCCCAGUUCCCUUCACAGUGAGGGGUAUAGUGACAUCAUCAGAUAUAGAAUUCAACGUACAAGACAUUGAUUUUGGUUUUUGUACGGUAUUGGAGUCGGUGAGACGAACCGUGACUAUUACAAACAAGUCUGUAUUACCACAGCCGUUUGGCUUCUGUGGAGUGCCUGAUACAGUUGAUGUUCAACCGAAUGACGGAUUUGGUACACUGCUGCCGCUAGAAAGCUUUGAUGUGGACAUCAUGUUUAAUGCUAAAAAAGCCAAGGAAUACGAGUUUGAUCUAACCUGUAAAACUGGUAUUGGGCGCGAGUUUAAGCUGCGCUGCCGAGCUGUUGGUGUUCUUCCACCGCUGGAACUCUCGCACUCUGUCAUUAAAAUGAAGGCGACCGCUGUCUCUGACACGUGUGCGGCUCACAUUGAGGUCAUCAACUCUCACACCAGCGCAAAUGAAUUUACCCACCCUGUCCCCAGGAUUGGAUCAGGGCCCAUUGUUGAGGUGGGCCCCACGUCGUUCGAGUUUGUGGUCCCUGCUGGAGCACCGCUGACUGUGUCCCCAGCUGUAGGAUGUGUCAAUCCAGGAGAGCGUUGCUUGGUUCACGUGACGUUUAGUCCCCGGAUGGAUCCAAAUAUGGUGCGACAGGAGGGCGUACGUAUGAUGGAAAGAGAAGCUGAGGCUGAGAGAAAGAGACAAGAGCAGGCCUCGCCCCAGGAAAAGCUUCAGGAACAACCUUCCGGACAGAAAAAGAAAGGCGGGAAAGCUGCUCCCGCGGGAAAAAGCGCCAAGACAUCACCAAAACGAGGCGGUACACCGAGCGCGCCAAACCUCACCACUAGUACCAAGUCCCCCGCAAGAACUUUCAGUAUCGAUGAUGUUGUUGACGGUUGCAAUGAAUACGAGUCAGCUCACCUAGCUCUACUCAGGACUUAUCAGAACGCGUUUUCGCGGUACGUGAUUCCUUGCUUUGUCGCGCCGGGAAGAUGCACUGAACCAGAGUCCUUGUCAUGCAGUGUACACAACACUCUAUACCUAGAGGUGCAUUGCCCGGCUGUGCGACCCCAUAUAGUCGUGGUCUCUGAUUGUGGAAGGUCCGUUGUGGACUUUGCAAAUGUGUCACUAGGUCAAUGCGAAGUUAAAAGUUUCACCAUCCAAAAUAUCUCCGAUGAGCCAUUGCGGGUAAGUGCAGUNGAAAAAGCUCUAAACUCCGUGCGUUGGUCUGCAAGUGUUAAAUCUUUUUUAAUGGGUUUUCUUUUCCAGAUCUCCAACACGUCAGAGCUGUCAAUCACCUAUUCACUGAAGCUUGACAGCUUAUCGCCAUUACGUCACAGCCGCGCACAAGUGUUACCCAGGUUCCUCCCGCCGUUUAACGAAUUACCAGAAACUCAGCAGCAUGCGUUAGGUCCGUCCAACUACAAUGGUAUGGCUGUAUUUGACUGUGUUCCGGCCCAAGGGAUCAUUGGCCCAGGCGAGUCUAACGAAAUCACAAUAUCGUUUAACCCGGAUCACGCUAGUGAGCUUUACGCUGACGAAGUUUCUGUUGAAAUUAAUAACGGGGAACAACCCUACUCUGUCAAGCUACUGGGCCGCGCCUGGUCAAAUAUCGUGUACUUGAGGGGCUGGGACGAGCUGAUGCCCAGUGCUGAAUCACUAAGAGCAGAAGUGGAGGAGGAGGAAGAAGAAGAUGGAAAAGCAAUCCAGAAGACUGUCCUAUUGACAAUGAAGAGCGUUUCAACUCCAGAUGGAUUUGAGGCCGCGGAAAGAGCCGUAGAGAUUGGCUGCAUCAAGUCCAGUAUACAAACUAAAAAGUCCUGUGACUUUUACUUUGACAAUCCCAAGGAGGCUAACGAGAGAGGAUUUAACUUUGAACCUCUUAAGGCGGGUGUCGAUAUUGGCGUAAAAAAGAACAUCGUGUUUCGGUGGCAACCUCCUGCAGGACAUGACCCCAAUGAACCUGUUAAUACCAGCACAAUGCUGACAGUGAAGAGUGACGUCACAACUCAAUACAAGAUCCUUCUCCAAGGUCUAAUUACUACAGAGCAUAGACACCCGGAUGUUAAUAGUCACGUGGACUCGGUAGUUGAAGAAACAUGAGUUAUUCACAUGUUGUGCUCGUGAUGCCUGGAAGUUCAAAAAUCUACAAUGCUACACAUCUACUCUGUCAACUUGGAGCAAGUUUCAAUGGACUACACAACGAUUUGGUUUGGCUUAAGCGACCCUAUUGAGGACAGCGUAUAUUUGUGUGCGUCUAAACUCCUCCGUAAUUGAAUCGUGGUUGUGGACUUGGACAUGACACGUAUCAUACUGAGGAGUCAAGAUAAAUAAUGAUAUUUUACCCCGCGUGCGUGUCUAUUUAUGUUAGUCGAUGUAUCAGCACCAAGUGUCACUGUUGUUCAAAGAUGGUUAUCGCAUGGAUUUGUAAUAUUUGCGUUUUUAUAAGAUAAGACGUCAUAUAUUGUUUUGAUAGUGACGCGCAGUGUUUGGUAUCACUGCGUUUUGAAGCCUCCUGUGUAGCAAGCUUGUAUGCAUUAAGGCGUGAAAAUAAAGCUUAGAAGGUA